AUGGCGGCUGCCCCGCGCCUCGUCGCCGCGCUCGCGGUCGCGGUCGCGGUCGCCAUCGUCCAGCAGGACCCGCCGCCCGUCUGCUACGACGCGCCGCCCGCCGCGUCGCACCCGGAGAACGACGAAAGACGCGUCGCGCUGCUGCUGCGCGGCGAGUCCUUCCGGGGCCUCCACAUGGGCCUGACGAGCGACCUGAAGCGCGACGUCGUCUGCCUGCCGGCGAGCUACGACGUGCAGAAGGCCUGCGCGGAGAACAUCGUCGAGCACGUCAUCGAGGCGCUGGAGAAGCAGGGCGUCGCCGUCGACGUCUUCGUCUCCACCUACGGCUGCGUCGGCGCCGCGUACGCGCCCCUGACCGACGCCGAGGCGCGGCGCUGGCACGCGGACCUCGUGGGCUGGAUCGGGCCGCACCGCGUCGUCAACAGCGACCUCGUCGAGCGGGGCGCCUUCGGCCUCGUGCCGGGCAACGGCGACAAGGAGACGCAGCAGGCGACGAUCGUCGCGGCCUUCGACAAGCUGGAACGACACGUGGCGGACUCGGGCUCGACUAUAGAGAACAUGUACCGGUCCGUGCUCAUGUGGCGCUUCGACGUCAUCACGACCGUGGCCUGGGCGUCGGACGCGUCCGCGGGGCACCUGACCGUCGACCGGGACAAGUUCUACGAGGUCGACAUGGACCACGUCUACUCGUCGCCGGCCUGGUUCUACCCCUGCUUCUCCGCCAUGCUCAAACGCCGCGAGCCGACGAGCUGCCUCGAGCGGGACGUCGCGGGCUGGAACACGUUCCGCUGCAACAAGAUGUGGCGCCGGGCGCUCGAGGACAUCGGCGGCACCUACGCGACCUACAAGGACAUGGCCUGCGCCGAGGAGACGAAAGCCGAGCUCAUCCCGCGGCCGGGCUUCGAGCGCAAGCGCAAGCUCGGCGAGGACGACGACGCCGCGGAGAAGAAGAAGCGGCGCCGCGACCCCUUCGACCGCCACGAGCGGCGGCCCGACGACCACGGCGCCUGCCCGCGGCCCCACGUCUACCGCACGACCGACGGACGCGGCGCGCCCUACUGCGACUUCCUGCACAAGCGCCACGGCGGGCCCCGCUGCGACGGCGAGCCGCACCGCGGCGAGAUGCGCGACGCGCUCCGCGGGGGCGACCACCCGGACCUGAAGGACCGGGAAGUCCGGCGCCACCUCCAGAUGGAACUUUAG